UUUCAAGUGAAAGAGGGGCCACACUAGACACAAAACACCAGAAUAGAAUAAUGCGUGGCGUGGUCUCAUCAGCGCAUGUGCUAGACGACAUUUUGUCGCUUUUGCGCAGCGCUUCACUGUACGAGACUAUUGGCGGACGCAGCCGAGCACGUCAUGUUACGUCGUUUGCAGACGACGGUGAUGAUGCAGCAACUGCUACACCCAAAGACGAUGUAGCAGCUACUGCACCCAAGGACGAUGCAGCAGCUACUGCACCCAAGGACGAUGCAGCAGCUGCGCCCAAGGACGAUGGAAAUUCAGCAGCUGCUGAUACUCCGGCCGAUGAACCGGCGGCAGAACAGCCCGAAGCUCCCGCAUCGACAGCAGCACCGGCAUUGGAGUUGGAUAAGCCGGAGAGGCCCGAUGACACCAUUCCGUGGUACGAGUACUACGGGGGGAAGACCACGAUUGAUGGUAGACCGCUAGUGCCACCCCUGAUGCGCGACACGAACCUGUACGGGGAGAAGCUCGAACCCUGUGUCUACGCCUCGGAGUCGAGCACGAAGGCGGACGUGUUCUGCCAGAACGACUCGCCGCACGGGGAGGCCGGGUUUCCGGCCCAAUCCAGACUGAUCUGUGUGCACGGCGGCGCGGGAACGCGCCAGUGGGCGGUGGCGGGCGGUGAAGGUGAAGGUGCGAAAGAGGGUGAAGGUGCCAAAGUAGGUGAAGGGUCGUCCACCGGUGACCAAGGUGCAGGGGAUGGUAGUUCCGGUACUAGCCAAAACCAGCCUGAAGUUAACCCCAUCACCGGACUUCCGGUACCGAGCAGCGCGCCCUUUUUCGACUGGCUGACACACGCGUUCAAGCUCACUUUUGAGGACAAAGUGGCACCGGCACCGUGGACCGCGGAGAAAAAGUCCGUCUGUGUCGGGGUCGAGUGGUACCGCCGAGCCAUUCAGUGCGGCCUACCGGUUCCGCAAGUAGACUUAGCAGCCACGAACAAGCAGGUGGAGGGGUACCACAGCAUGCGGGCGCGCUUUUUCGAGGAAUGCAACGCGCUGACCGGCCGUGGGGAGCCGUGCCGCGACCCGGAUCCGGUGGAAGUCGCGGCGGAAGAGAAACCCCCAACACCGGCGGAGCAGUUUACGGAGUACCAAAUUGACCAGGCACGCGAGAGGGCAGAGAAAAAGGCGGAGGAGACGGGGCAGGUCAACUUGAUUGCUCUCCGUCACCCGGAAAGGGGCGUGGACUGCACGAAAUUUCCCGCUGCGGCCGAGUCCAACCACGAGAAAACAAUCAGAAAAUGGCACAUGAAGCGCGACAUGCUCGCGGAAAAAAUCCGCCCGGCCCGCGAACUGGAGGAGGCAGCGCAGGCUGCUUACCAGGAUGCCUGGGACAACGUGUGCGACGCGGAUAUUUUCAAGGCCUCGGGCCAGUGCGUCAAAUCGCAGGAGAGCGUAGAUCUGGUGGAGAGUACCAGGAGGGCGCGAAACCACAAAAUGCGACUGCGGAAGCUGGCGCAGCUGAAUCUUUGUAGGCACGCGGGAAUCGCGGAUUACGACCCGGAGGACCCCCUGCACAGUGAAAAAGACGAAUUUGACUUGUCUCAGGCCAUUCCUUUUUCCGACGAGUGCAAAAAAAUUGAGAAGUACUUCAUGGAACAGAACGCAUCGACUGCGGAUUAGGUGUGUGUAAGUACUACUCAAAGAAGGCAGAAGGAGUACUUUCUACACAUGAUGCACCGACUCUGGUGGUGUACCAGCAAGGUUUUUUCUACAACUCGAGAAUAAAGUCAUGCCGGACUAGUAGUGAUCGCUUGGGUAGUCGUCCCGCGACGUUUUCUUUUCAGCAUUGGGGGAAAAACUUCGCCGAUCCUUUAUUGUGAUGGAGCUGCGGAGGGAGCAGAGUUCUGUGUGCAGUCGCCGAACUGCAAGUCGGGG